UGCCCUAUUGCAUUGUGUGACUGUGUUGUGUGUUACAGGAUGUCAAACAACAUGACCAGAAUCGCAGAAGCUCGGAAAAUGGUGGAACAGUUAAAGAUGGAAGUGAAUGUAAACAGGAUGAUGGUGUCACUUUCUGUCUCUGAACUGCUGUCAUACUGUGAGGCCCAGGCUGUGUCAGAUCCUUUAAUCUCACCUGUUCCAUCAUCAGAGAACCCAUUUCGAGAGAAGCGUCUGAUCUGUGCAGUUCUCUGAGAACUAAAUAAUCUCUGCCUUCUGCAAUCUCACCUAAACAUGACCUCUGCCCCCUGUGACCAUACCUAUAUGUGACCUCACCUGUACAUGACCUUUGGCCUCGGUGACCUCACCUGUACAUGACCUUUGCCCUCUGUAACCUCACCUGUACAUGACCUCUGCCUUUUAAAAUGACUCUAUCAUGUUCACCCCCCCUUCCCUUGCUGUAUAGCUGACUUCAGUGACCUUUCCUUCUAGCUCUAUACUAAAUAAAUUACUAUGUGAAGCUCAA